AUGGAAGAUGUGGAAGAGGAUGAAACCUUAAUAAAUAAGGAUUGUGAUGCUGAGUACAAGGAUGCUGAUGCCAAUAAUAAUGAAAAUCUCCAGUUCAUUGACACAUAUACCACAAAGGAGAGCUCCAAUGAAGGGAGGAUGUCACACAAAUUUACAAUGAUGAGAAUACUGGGUGGAAAUGACUCCUUGACUGAGUUUAUUCUUGCUGGAUUAAUAGAUCAUUCAGAAAUCCAACUAACCCUCUUUUACAUAUUUCUAAUAAUCUAUAUUGUCACCAUAGUGGGUAAUCUAGGCUUGAUCACUCUUAUUGUUCUAAAUGCUCACCUCCACACUCCCAUGUACUAUUUCUUCUUCAACCUCUCCUUUACGGAUCUCUGUUACUCUUCUGUUUUCACUCCAAAAAUGUUGAUGAAUUUCAUCUUAAAGAAGAAUGUCAUUUCCUACAUUAGGUGCAAAUUUCAGCUCUUUUUCUUUCUCUUUUUUGUAACAUCUAAAUGCUACAUGUUGACCUCGAUGUCCUAUGAUGGCUAUGUGGUCAUAUGUAAUCCAUUAUUAUAUAAGAUAACCGUGUCCCAACAGGUCUGUUCCGGGCUGUCUUUUGCUGCCUACACAAUGGGCUUUGCUGGAGCCAUGGUCCACACGGGCUGCAUGCUUAGACUGACGUUUUGCAAUGUCGAGGUCAAACCACUACUAGUGCUUUCUUGUACCAGCACCUAUGUCAAUGAGAUUGUAGUCAUCAUUGUUGUAGGCAUUAACAUCACAAUCCCCAGAUGUAAUCUUAUUUCUUAUGUUUUUAACAUCAGUACCAUUCUCCAAAUUAAAUCCACUCAAGGAAGAGCAAAAGCCUUCAGUACCUGUACUUCCCACAUAAUGGCUAUAUUUUUAAUUGCAUCAUUCAUGUAUCUUAAAUACUCUUCUGGAUCUAUGGAGCAGGGAAUCUUUUCUUCUGUUUUCUACACUAAUGUUGGGCCCAUGCUCAAUCCUUUGAUUUAUACUUUGAGGAACAAGGAUGUCAAAGUGGGAUUGAAAAACAUUCUGUUCUUCACGGCUAAAGGUCAAAUGCUGCUCUUUACUUCAAAGCUUUGCAAAUAUAUCAACAUUCAAAAAGAGAAAGAACUUCAGAAGAAUAUUCCAUUGUGGCCCUCUGCCAAUGAUUUCCAGAAGGAUGGCUCUCAGGAAAGCCAUCUUCCUAAGAAGGACGAUCAUUGGGACAGAUCCCUGUCCCCGGGGGAUCCUGGAAGAACCCUGCUCAUCCAUGGCCCAGUGCAGAUACAGGAAGGAUGCAAGAGGAAGAAGCAGCACCUUUUCCUCUUCAGUGAUUUACUGCUUGUGUCGAAUACCAAGUACAAGAAAUGCUUUAAGAUUAAGAAUGUUAUCCCACUGCAUGCCCUGUGGAUGGCUGAAUGUGGGAACAAUGAGAGGGGUGGUGAUCAUUCCAGAAAGUCCCUUCUUUUGGGCUGGCACAUGGAGAACGCCAAGGCCACCUUCAGGUAUACCAGCCUGGCAAAAGAGGAAGACCCGGAUGAUAGCAUUCCACUCCAGAUUUUCACCAAUGAGGUCAAGAACAGUUGCCUUAUAUGUUCCCCUGGGGCGAAGGAAUUUGAGGUCCUAUUUCACUCCAAGACUAAAGAGAGGUAUGUUAUGUGGCCAAAAGAAAUUGACCAGAUCACUAUUCAAGAGACCAUUUUCUGCAAAAAGGCCCCCACUGUCACGAGAGAACCACAGCAGAAAUAUGGUGAAGGCAUCGAGAAUCCUUUCGUUUCUCUUCCAAUAGCUGCAUGGUGUUGA